AUGUUGCCCGACGAUGAGGAAUCCCUAGUACAAGAUGUCACGGAGAGACUGCUGCGAGUUGACCCCAGGAAGCUCAACGACCGAGUGGUAGUUAUGUCGGGUAAUCAGGCAUGGGGUGCUUUCGGGGAGAUUCACAAGGGGACCUACAACACAAACAAGGUUUGCAUAAAAACUUUCAAACGUAUUGAUGAUGUAGGAAAAUUUAUUGAACGGCUAAUUCGUGAGAUGAGGGUAUGGCGCAAGCUGACGCAUGCACACAUCGUUGAACUUCUCGGAUGGAUGUCAUACCUCGAGAGCAAGGAAAAGUUAUGUCCAAGCUUGGUGUCACAUUGGUGCGACGAAGGGGAUGUCAGGACUUUUCUACGGCGCCGUCGCGAUGCCGAUCGCCGAGCCUUGAUCCGCGGUAUUGCUAAUGGACUGGCAUAUCUCCAUUCGCAGGAGAUAAUACAUGGCGAUAUUAAGCCUGAAGUCACAGUCAGCAACUCCCGUGAAUCCGCUUGCAUCGUCAGGAAAAUGUUGUCCACGUUCGGGACGUUUCGAUACUUAGCGCCCGAAGUGAUCGUAGAUGAGAAACCCACUCGCGACGAAAAGAGUGAUGUCUGGGCAUUCGGAUGCACAGCCCUCGAGAUUCUUCGCGAUGCGCGACCAUAUUCCUCCAUUACAAAUGACUUUGCCAUUAUCAAGGCUAUUGGGUUUGGAAAGCCACCGUUUACCCUCUCCUCGACGGACCCUACUGAGAUACUUCUGGCUCCCUGCCUCAAGCCUAACCCUAAUGAUCGAACUGAAAUGCAAUCGGUUCUCAAAUCGCUGCCGAAUCAUUCUGGAAAUGGGCAAUUUGACUAUUGCUCAGCAGCACCAUCUUCAGACGUACACAUCAGUGGGCCAACUCUGCAAUUCUCGGCAUCACAUGAGGAAGGGUCUUUGCCCAAUCCAGCGUCAUAA